AUGGGGAGCCUAGCACAUAUCUCCACAGAUAGGAGAUUCUUGAUUAGGGAAGUGCAUAGCUUGGGACACAUGGAUGUGCACUUGGAAGUUUCGGAGGCAGGGUCAUUGCUAGCACACUUUAGAGUGAAGCCUAUGUUACUGGACCGGAUUAAAGAAGUACAAAGUAAAGAUCAGUUCGUAGCUAAGGCCUUGGAAGACCCUCAAGGAAGGAAAGGGAAAAUGUUUACUAAAGGCAUAGAUGGAGUGUUGAGGUAUGGAACUAGACUGUAUGUGCCCGAUAGUGAUGGAUUGAGGAGAGAAAUAUUGAAAGAAGUGCACAUGGUAGCAUAUGUGGUACAUCCAGGGGCUACAAAGAUGUAUCAAGAUUUGAAGGAGGUGUAUUGGUGGGAGGGACUCAAGAAAGAUGAAGCUGAGUUUGUCUCUGAGUGCCUAGUUUGUCAGCAGGUUAAGGCCGAGCAUCAAAAGCCUGCAAGGCUACUACAACCAUUAUUAGUGCCUAAAUGGAAGUGA